AUGACCUUCAAAGACGUUACCUUGGAGCCUCAUGAAAGCGAGACGCUAAACUUAAAGCAGCACAAGAGUACGCAGCCUCCUCUGAGCUGCAUAUUCCUCGCACCCAAAGGAUUUGUGUCAGCUGUUAGUAAUAUGCGUUCGUUCGUCCCAGCCAUAUAUGAUAUUACCGUGGCUAUUCCAAAAACUUCUCCACCUCCAACGAUGCUAAGACUAUUCAAAGGAAAGCCUUCUGUGGUGCAUGUUCAUAUCAAGUGUCACUCGAUGAAAGACUUGCCUGAAUCAGAAGAAGAAAUUGCAGUGGUGCAGAGAUCAGUUAGGGUUGCUGAGGUAACACAAAAGCUUCAGACAAUGGAAACACUUGAUUUAGCAGAGAAUUAUUGCAGUCAGGUGGAAGGAACUGGUGUUGGGAAGUUUAGAAACAAGAGAUUAGUAAGUUUUAUUGGUUAUUGCGCAGAAGGCAACGAGAGAUUGUUGGUAGCAGAGUACAUGGUUAAUGAUACACUCUCCAAGUAUCUCUUUCACUGGGAAAUCAGCCGCUAA